AUGGGUCAAAUCACGUCCAGUUUCGGCAUGUCGGGCCUGUAUUCGUACAUUCGACAUGGUGGUCCGGAUCCGGAAUGGUAUUCGUGUGAGAAUCAUACAUUGGACUACUGGUACUCACACGGAAUCCAGCGCCCGUUUUUUGCAAUCUACUUCUUUGUUUCGGCGACGAUCAUGAUUUUCAUCUACGCCUCAUGCCUGAUCGGGAUGAUCACUAGCCGCCUGAUCAUCCAACACUCAUGCUACAAAAUCAUGUUUACCAUGGGGUUCUUCGACAUUUUCUCCAUCAUCGUGAACUCCUACAUCACUGGAUAUCUUUGUCUCAAGGGCGCCGUAUUCUGCACACAUCAACACUUGGUAUUUCUUGGCGGUAGUAUUGGAGUUGGACUCUGGUCGGGUUCCUGUAUCCUGGUCAUUCUCCUGGCUCUCAACCGCUUCAGCGAGUUGUCCCAGAACCCGAUCCUCAUCGCUAUUUUUCAGGGUGAUAGAGUUUACGGCACGCUCCUUCUGCCGAUACUCUGGGGCUCGUUCAUGGCCUUUUUCUCCCCUGCCGGCAUGUUCACGUCGAACCAGCUCGCCUGGUUCUUCGACCCGUUUAAUGGAAGCGGGAAAGUCUACACCAACAUCCCGCACACUAUCAACAAUUGCGUCGUGGCGAUUCUGGCGACAAUCGCGUACAUCAAGAUUUGUGUGAAAAUGGCGCAGAAGACCUCGUUUUCGAAGGAAGCUUUUAGCAAGGUGCAACGACAGCUUUUCCUCCAAUCAACCCUGAUCUGCUCUAUCCAUGCGAUUGCUUCCUACGGGUAUGUGGUGAUGAAUUUCUGGGCCGGAUUUCCGGUCGAGCUGAUCAUGGUCGGGCAUGUCGCUUGGCAGUGGAGUAAUGGUUCCCCCGGAAUCGUCUACAUCCUACUCAACCGUAAGGUCCGCGCGGCCGUCUUCAGAAACUUUGGUGUGCGCUCAUUGGCCGUUUAUAACACAACUACCGGCCGUCCUUCGCAUCUUUCUGGAGAUCUCAGCUCUCAGAAGGCCUCAAAGCAU